AUGGAGUCAAGUAAGACGAAAACUGUACUGGAAAAUCCUAAAUUGCGGGCGAAUUUCCUGUCGGUUUUAACUUUCUGGUACACGAUACCCGUUUUUAUUAAGGGCCUUAAACGCACUUUGAAUAUAAAAGAUCUCUACAGAACGAUGAAGGAGCAUCAGUCUGAACCUUUGGGCAAAAAUUUAUAUGAUUCAUGGGAGCGAGAAAUUAAAAGUUCAGGAGGUAAACCCAGCCUUGUUAGGGCUCUCCUGCGGGAGUUCGGGUGGCACUUCGGCUUCUUCGGAUUUGUGCUCCUCGUAGGAGAGGUGGGACUACGAACUAUUCAACCGUUCAUCCUCCUGAAAUUUAUUUCCUACUUUACAUACGGUUUGGAGUCCAUUGAGACUGCCUAUCUCUAUGCGGGCGGCUUGAUCUUAUCAACUUGGCUGAACGUUAUCUUCAGACAUCCCACCAUGUGCGGCUUGUGGAAUUUAAGCUUUAGAGCACGGGUGAGCUUGAGCAGCAUGAUCUAUCGAAAGUCGCUAAGACUCAGUACGACGGCUCUGGGCGCUGCCACUUCUGGCCAUGUGGUCAACCUGAUUUCCAACGACGUCAGUCGCCUGGACAGUAACAUUCUCUUCACGCACUUCCUAUGGAUUGGGCCUUUGCAAACAGUUUUGGUCACCUAUCUGAUGUACCUUCAGAUUGGAAUCUCAGCCGUAUUUGGAGUCGCCUUUAUGCUGCUCUUCAUUCCCCUGCAGUUGUACCUGGGCAAGAAAACCAUAGAGUUACGCCUGAAGACCGCUCUGCGCACAGACAAGCGCCUGCGAAUGAUAAACGAGAUCAUCUCGGGCAUCCAGGUGAUAAAGAUGUACGCUUGGGAGCGCCCCUUCGAGAGAUUGGUGGCCCAUGCGCGACAAAAGGAGGCCAACGCCAUUUGCCACGGAAGCUAUAUCAAGGGUAUUGUUGCGUCGUUCCCAAUUUUCCUCUCUCGCGCCUCCAUCUUUUUCAGCUUAGUUGGCUACUUUCUGCUGGGCCAGCUUCUUACGCAUGAGGUUGCUUUUAGCAUCACAGCCUACUACAACGCCCUGCAAGUCACUAUGCUGGUUUUCUUUCCUCAAACCAUUACACAGACGGCGGAGAUUCGGGCUUCCCUUGGUCGUGUGCAGAAGUUCAUGCUAUCCGAAGAGGUGAAGGAGGUUACUAAGAGAGAUGAUAUUGUGGAUUCGAUUAGGGCCCAGACAAAAAAGGGUCACGAUGAGGAGGAGGAUAGGUUAUUAACUCAAUCUCGCAACACUUAUAUUCACAACUCAGUCCCUUCAAAGUCAAGUAUUUCAAUUAUCGGACUGAAGGCCAAAUGGGACACCAACUGUCCUGACUAUACUCUCGACGGAGUUGAUUUGAGUGUUCAGCCCGGGACGAUGCUUGCUGUUCUUGGAUCCACCGGCUCUGGCAAAUCCAGCCUCAUUCAGGCUAUUCUGGGAGAGCUCAGUGCGGAAUCUGGAGAGAUUAAAGUUAAUGGAACGAUGUCUUACGCCUCCCAGGAGCCAUGGCUUUUUUCCGGCACCAUACGGGAGAACAUUCUCUUUGGUCAGCCAAUGGAGCGCAAGCGUUACGCCAAGGUGGUGAGGCAGUGCGCUCUGGAGCGGGAUUUCGAGUUGCUGCCCCUUAGGGACAAAACGCUGGUAGGAGAGCAAGGAGCUUCGUUGUCCGGCGGCCAAAAGGCGAGGAUCAGCUUAGCUCGGGCUGUUUACCGAGAUGCCUCCAUCUACCUUCUGGAUGAUCCCCUGAGUGCGGUGGACUCCCAUGUAGCCAAACAUCUCUUCGAGCAAUGCAUGCGCGGAUACCUCAGAGAUCGCAUCGUAGUUCUGAUAACCCAUCAAAGGCAGUUCCUGGAACACGUAGAUCAGAUUGUGGUCAUGGACGAGGGACAGGUGCGAGCCGUAGGUAACUACGAGUCUCUGGUUAAGGCGGGCAUGGACUUCUCGAACUUUGUGGUUGAGAAUCAACAAAAGGAGCAAAAGGAACAGAUGACAGAGCUGAAUGAACAGGACGACGAUCGCUCUCGAUUAUCAAGCUUCAGUAACACUCACAACGAGAAAAGAUGCAACAGUGAAGAAUCCCUGCAAUCUAUAGAUGAUUCACGUGCAGAAAAGAUCAACGAGGAGCACCAGGGAUCAGGUCGUAUUGGCCUCGAUUUGUACAAGAAGUACUUUACAUUUGGCGGCGGACUUUUCGCUUUCCUUGUUAUAAUAAUCAUCUGUGUACUCUCACGUGGAUUCAUCUCUUUGUCUGACUGCUUCCUGAUUUAUUGGGUUUCCAAAUACAGGGAAAGUGCUGUCCAAGAAGGAAAUAAUACACUUCGCCCAGAUCUUCCUUCAAUGUGGGAGCAAAACACGGGCUGGUCUUUGAGUACUGAAAAAGUGGACGUUGGCCUGUUUACGUUGAUCACAGUCUUGUCGAUUGGGACAACAGUAGCUUCCUCAAUUUUAAUAUUCAACUUGGCCAGGAAGUGCUCCAUCGGACUGCACAACUCCAUUUUCAAUGCGAUAUCCCGUGCUUCCAUGUACUUCUUUAACACGAAUCCACCAGGACGUAUCCUGAAUCGCUUCUCAAAGGACAUGGGACAGGUGGACGAGAUGCUGCCUGUCGUGAUGAUGGACGUCAUACAACUCUUCCUUCUCCUUGGUGGCAUAGUCAUCAUUAUAGCCGUUGUUAAUCCGUUGCUUCUCGCUCCAACCUUCGUGAUCGGCAUCAUUUUCUAUAAGUUUCGAAGUUUUUAUCUGAAAACAUCUCGGGAUAUAAAGCGCAUCGAGGCAAUAGCUCGAUCUCCGGUUUACUCUCAUUUGGCGUCCUCCCUGACGGGUCUGUCCACAAUUCGCGCUUUCGGAGCUCAGCAUAUCCUGGAGUCCGAGUUCGAUAGCUAUCAGGAUGUACACAGUUCUGCAUUUUAUACCUUCCUCACAACAUCCCGUGCCUUUGCCUAUUGGCUGGAUUGCUUUAGUGUAAUUUACAUAGCAAUCACCACGCUUAGCUUCUUCGCCUUUCCGCCGGCCAACGGUGGCGAAGUGGGUUUGGCCAUAACACAGGCGAUGGGUUUGACGGGCCUGGUGCAGUGGGUAAUGCUUCAAUCCGCCGAGCUGGUCAAUUUAAUGACUGUUGUGGAACGAGUGACGGAGUACGAAGAUAUUGAGCCUGAGGGAGCAUUGGAAGCGCCGCUGGAUAAGAAGCCACCUAAGUCGUGGCCAGAGCAAGGGAAAAUAAUCUUCGAUGAGCUAAGCUUACGCUAUGUUCCUAAUCCUAUGGCGGACUAUGUGCUCAAGUCAUUAAACUUUGUCAUAAAGCCACGGGAAAAAGUCGGAAUCGUUGGACGCACAGGAGCAGGAAAAUCAUCGCUAAUCAAUGCCCUUUUCCGAUUGUCCUACAACGAUGGAUCCGUUCUCAUUGAUCAGAGGGAUACCAACAAUAUGGGUCUCCACGAUUUACGCAGAAAGAUCUCGAUCAUUCCCCAGGAACCCGUGCUCUUCUCCGGCACAAUGCGAUACAAUCUGGAUCCAUUUGAUGAGUACUCAGAUGACAAGCUGUGGCGCAGCCUGGAGGAGGUGAAGCUCAAGGAUGUGGUGGCCAAAAUGUCCACUGGCUUGCAGACCAAGAUUACAGAGGGUGGAACCAACUUCAGUGUGGGCCAGCGCCAACUGGUGUGCUUGGCCAGAGCUAUUCUGCGCGAGAACCGCAUUCUGGUAAUGGAUGAGGCAACUGCCAACGUUGAUCCUGAGACGGAUGGCCUAAUUCAGGCCACCAUUCGGAACAAGUUCAAGGAGUGCACUGUGCUGACGAUAGCCCAUCGCCUGCACACGAUCAUGGACUGCGACAAGGUACUGGUUAUGGACGCUGGACGAGUUGUGGAGUUUGGGUCGCCGUACGAGCUCUUAACGAAGACCGAUUCCAAAGUGUUCCACGAUAUGGUCGAAAAGACUGGUCAGGCCACCAGCGAAAGCCUUUGGAGAAGUGCACAAAAGGCCUUCGAAAGUACACAGGACUCAAGUCAAAGACUUUCCUCGUAGAUAUGUAACUAUAAGUGAUUAAUAAAUAUUUCAAUUGGUUGUGGAAAUCAUCAAAUUUUUUUGAUGAU